UGUUAUACACUCAGGGUAGUUAUAGUGCUGUUAUACACUCAGGGUAGUUAUAGUGCUGUUAUACAGUCAGGGUAGAUAUAGUGCUGUUAUACAGUCAGGGUAGUUAUAGUGCUGUUAUACAGUCAGGGUAGAUAUAGUGCUGUUAUACAGUCAGGGUAGUUAUAGUGCUGUUAUACAGUCAGGGUAGUUAUAGUGCUGUUAUACAGUCAGGGUAGAUAUAGUGCUGUUAUACAGUCAGGGUAGUUAUAGUGCUGUUAUACAGUCAGGGUAGAUAUAGUGCUGUUAUACAGUCAGGGUAGUUAUAGUGCUGUUAUACAGUCAGGGUAGUUAUAGUGCUGUUAUACACUCAGGGUAGUUAUAGUGCUGUUAUACACUCAGGGUAGAUAUAGUGCUGUUAUACAGUCAGGGUAGUUAUAGUGCUGUUAUACACUCAGGGUAGUUGUAAUGUUAUAGAGCUGGGGAAGCAGGAUGCUGGUGGUUCUGUAGACAGAGAUGAAUAAUGCAUCACUCUCACAGCUGCAGUGUAAACAAAAUAAAGUAAGUGCUCUGUAGUCCUCUAAAAGACUCAGGGCAAAUCUGUUAGGGGUCACUGCCAAUUCAAAUGCAAUGGCACGUCCACUAACCAGUUUCCGCCACAUUGGUUGUGUGUUGUUCGAAUCAGAACUGUGCUAAGUGAUUUUGUUAUCGUACACAGGCAGGACAGCUGAUGUUCCUCCUCUCUAUUGUCCUGUCAGUUUGAACAAGGAAACGGUUGUUUUCUGUGAUCUGAAGAGACUCGGAUGAGCUUUGCAAAUUUCUAUCAGAGAGAGAGAGAGAUCUGGUAUCAGGAUGAUGUACUGCUCAGCUGCUUGGCCUGGGAGCAUAACUCACAGGAUGUUCAAACGAGCGCCUAUCUCUACGCUAUUCAGAGAGGCUGAUAGUAUGUCUGUACACUAGGCUGCUCGUACACCGCUUCUACACAUGAUUGCAUGUUUACUCACGUCUUGAAUCAUUACCUACUUGUGCUAUUUUCCAUGUAUCCCACACAACACAGUAUGAUAGUAUGCCAGAGGUACGAUUAUAGAGGACAGGACUGGCUACGAGGGGGACACACCACAGGGUAUUUCAAUUCCAAUAGAGCUCAGAGGAAAUAGUAUAAGAGCAUCAAUGACACAUCGACUCCCACCCCCAAAAUGCCUCAACCUCAAUUCAUUGAGGAGUGGGUACUUGAAGAAUCCAAUCUGUGUGUAUGUGUGCUUUUUCAGCUUCGCUCGCUCUCUCUGACACAUCUCAUCCCCUCCUCAAUACCCCCACUCCCCCCUGGGUGAGUUGGACAAUAGACAAAGUUGCACUUUUUUUGACACCCCUCAAGCUGUACCUGUGUGGUGCCCAUCUGUGAGAUGUCUUUCUGUCUGUGACUGUCUGGUAGACCUGGCUGGAAGGCUACAGCGGCUCGUUCCGGUCAACAUAUGCCUGCCUGGCUCUGAGCCCCCCAGGCUGCUCCCAGUGGGUAGUGGAUUAACAAGCUGCCUGGAAGCUGCCUGCCUUCCUGUGACAAGUGUCCACCUCCAACAGCUACGGCCCACUCUGCUCUGCUCUGUUCUGCCUCAGGAAUACGGAUGAGGGCUAUCUGUAUGUACGGGUCUGUAUGAGGGCGAGAUGGAGGGAUAGGAAUGGAGGGAGUGUAGGUGGUGAAUGGUGGGCUCGGCUCGGCGUGUGAUGGAGCAUGAGUGACUGUCUCUCUGUGCCUCCAUCUCUCUUCCAUAAAUAACCCUGACUGCAUUGACGUGCUGUACCAAGGCAGAGCUAGUGGCUAUAAUAUAAUAAUAUCCUAACCUACUUUUUCCCCUUUUUCUCCCCAAUUGGUAGUUACAGUCUUGUCCCAACGCUGCAACUCCCGUUCGGACUCGGGUCAGGUGAAGGUCGAGAGCCAUGCGUCUUCCGAAACACGAACCUGCCAAGCCGCACUGCUUCUUGACACACUGCUCGCUUAACCCAGAAGCCAGCCGCACCAAUGUGUCGGAGGAAACGCCAAACUGGCAACCGUGGUCAGUGUGCAGGCGCCCGGCCCGCCACAAGGAGUCGCUAAAGCGCGAUGGGACAAGGACAUCCCGGCCGGCCAAACCUUCCCCUUACCUGAACCACGCUGGGACAAUUGUGUGCUGCCUCAUGGAUCUCCCGGUCACGGCCGGCUGUGACACAGCCCGGGAUCAAACCCGGGUCUGUAGUGACUAAUCAAGAACUGCGAUGCAGUACCUUAGACCGCUGCACCACUCGGGAGGCCUCCGUUCUAGGGAUUCUAUUUCUAUGGUCUGAAGCAAAGACAGCUGGGAUAUGAGGAGUUGGAUGAGACAGACCCAUCCUACUCCAAGCCCCAGCCUCACUGGUUCCACACGCUGCAGGUCCGCAGGCUGACGGUCCAGAGAGGACGCAGCAACAGUGACCCUAUGGGAGCAAAGAGUUUCGAUCAGGACUUCCAAUGGAAAACAGGCCUAGAGUUUGGCACAGCUAACUCCUACCUGAACCUGGAGAAGAUAGGGGAGGGGACAUACGCUACAGUCUACAAGGGAAUCAGCCGGAUAAACGGGCACCUGGUGGCUUUGAAGGUGAUCCGUAUGAAGACUGAAGAAGGCGUGCCAUUCACUGCCAUCCGAGAGGCUUCACUCCUGAAAGGCCUGAAACACGCCAACAUUGUCCUGCUCCAUGACAUCAUCCACACCAAAGAGGCACUCACAUUUGUCUUUGAGUACGUACAAACAGACUUGGCUGAGUAUAUGAAGCAGCACCCAGGGGGCCUGCAUUCCUACAAUGUCAGGAUCUUCAUGUUCCAGCUGCUGCGGGGUCUGUCCUACAUCCACGGUCGGAGGAUCCUGCAUCGGGACCUCAAACCCCAGAACCUGCUCAUCAGCUACCUGGGGGAGCUCAAACUGGCCAACUUCGGGCUGGCCCGGUCCAAGUCCAUCCCGUGCCAGACCUAUUCGUCUGAGGUGGUGACUCUGUGGUAUCGACCUCCUGAUGUCCUCCUGGGUUCCAGUGAUUACUCCACUGCUCUGGACAUCUGGGGAGCUGGUUGCAUCUUCAUUGAGAUGCUUCAGGGGACGCCAGCCUUUCCAGGGGUGGCAGACGUCUUUGAGCAGCUGCAGAAAAUAUGGGCUGUCGUAGGGGUCCCGACUGAGGAGUCGUGGCCAGGAGUGAACGAGCUGCCCAACUUCAGACCAGAAUGGUUUCAACCAUGUGAGCCCCAGCAAUUCAGGAAUGUUUGGAAAAGACUGUCCAAGUUGCCCUACAAGACAGAGGACCUGGCCCAGCAGAUUCUGAUCACCAUCCCACGAGACCGCAUCUCGGCCCAGGAUGCACUGCAGCACCCCUAUUUCAACACGCUACCGCCCCCCAUCAUGCAGCUACGAGACAGUGAGUCUGUAUCAGUCUUCAAGGUCCCCGGAGUGAAGCUGGAGACAGAGGUGAAGGAUAUCUUCAGUCCCAGUCGAAGGAUCAGACCGUCCCAGCUGGUGCCCUUGGCUAAGUGCUGGUGAUAAUGGACCUCUAACCCCCUAACCCCAGGCCCCUAGCCCUGCCUGCAGGCUAGACCACCAUCUGAUCAAGAUGGAGAGGCAUGAGGCUUCACACACACACACACAACACUUACCUACACCACCAGCGUCCUCCACCAACCUCUGCUCCUGACUCCACCCAGCAUUCCUCAGUCAGAGUUCCCAUGUUGUAAGAAGACAGGAGAGAAGAGGGAGGGGUUGAAUGGUACCUGGUAUAUCACAUAUUAGAUGACGUCAGAAGUACUGUAUGUACUGUAUAUACUCUCUAUCUGAGACCCGACGUCUGUUGUUGGUGGCAACGGAAAGCUACGCAACGUCUAAGAGAAAUGUCAGGAAGCUCAGAACUCCUUAACAUCUUCCUCCUGCUAAACCACCUCCUCCUGCUUCCUCUCUCCUCCCUCUCCUUCUCAGAGCGUCUCCCUGGACUCACAAUGCUCUCUCUGCCUCCUCCUAAAUGUACACUGAGAUUCAAUGAUGACGAUGGGUUUGUUUUGCAGAUGAGUGUUUUAUUUUGUACUGCCAAAACAUGCAUAUAUUAUAUACCUCUUAUAUUAAUCAGGUCCUUGUGAACCAUGAUUGUUCUUUUGCACAUCAUGCAGGUGGGUAUCCCUGCAACAGAAUGACUGUGACGCUUGUGUGUACACUGUUGCGUUGCGUGUACACUGUAAUUCAUGUUGUAUUGUACCGUGAAACUUCCUCCUUAACACCCCAUAUAGCGUAUUUUUCGGCAAUCUUGUGAUGUCCACUCUUAAAUUGUCCUACACUUGGGUGCAGCUUGCCUUUAAAAUGUGUGUGUGUGUGUUUUUCGGGAGAAUGAGUGAAGGAGUGUGUGAGUCAAUAAAUGUUGCAGUAUUGUGUGUUA